GGUCUAUGUGUUACGGUUGACGGUGUGAUGGACGGUCAAUCAUGUUAUGAGUGUAUUUAACUGUGUGGUAGAAAUUUUGUUAAUAAUCUACAAUUUAUAUUGUGCUUUAAAAUCUAAGUGUAUUAUUAGAUUAAUAAAAUGAGCAAUUUAGGUGCAUUUGGUGGAGCAAAAAAUCCUCCAUGGGCCCGAAAUAGUUCUCCUGCAAACCUAGUAAAUCAGAAUCCUAAUCUUCAGCAACAAAUUAUGAAUCCAGGAGCAUUUGGGGGUAUGAAUGCUACCGGCAUGGUGCAACUUCAGCAACAUCAACAAGUUCUCCAAAAUGCUAUGAAUAUGCAACAACAAAAUAUUAAUUUAGGACUUCAGCAAUUAGCGAAUACCUCAGUAGCCGUGAGUGCCGGUUUAACACAACAAAUUGCCUCAAAUCCGCUAUUUCAGCAAGUUGGGGCAGUGACUUAUCCUAAUCCAAGGGCUCUAAAUCCCUCUGCAUUUCAAACUCAGGUAGUUUCAGCAGCAGCUGGCGUUCAGUCAUCAAAUAAUUCUAGUACAAAGCAGCGUGUAUUCACGGGUACAGUCACCAAAGUGCACGACAAUUUUGGAUUUGUAGAUGAUGAUGUAUUUUUCCAAACAACAGCAACAAAAGGUUCAAAUCCAAUAGUUGGAGACCGAGUUCUUGUUGAAGCCACUUAUAAUCCAAAUAUGCCAUUCAAGUGGAAUGCAACAAGAAUGCAGGUUCUCCCAUCAGCCACUCAGGGCACAAACAUACCAAGAGGUUCCAAUAAUCCAAAGGGUGGUAAUUAUAACAAUAUUUCACAAAUGUCUGAUGGAAAUGGAGGUUUUGGUAAGAGUGGACAAAGAACAAAAGGUUCAAUAGGUGGGAGAGGCAGAGAAAGGUCACGUACAAGAGAUGAAGAAGAGGAAAAUGAACGUAAAAGAAGAAAAGAGGAGAGAAUUCGGGAAAGGGAUAGGGAUGAUAAGAAAUCUCCCCUAAGACGCAGAUCACGAUCUCCCAAGUCCAGGCGUCGAUCUCGAAUUGUUCCAAGAUAUAUGGUUCAAAUUCCCAAAAUUAGUUUGGAUCUGAAAAACGCUGAUGUUUUGGAAAUAAGAAGACGUUAUGGAAAUUUAUAUGUUCCAUCUGACUUCUUCUACAGCCUUUUUCGUUGGGUGGAUGCUUUUCCACCAGACAAACCCUUUUCACUUAACAAGCCUUGUUCGUUUCAUGUAAUGCAUAAAGAUGUUGAACCAUUGAUAGAAAACGAUGCAGUUCUAGAACCGCCAGAUGCCGACUACCUUUUUUCUGCUAAGGUCAUGUUAAUGAACGUAAGUGGCCUGGAAGAUAUGUACCAGAAGUGCUGUGCUUUGGCCGAGGACAACAGACGUGACAACGAUAGUGAAGACAGAGAUUAUGUCCAUCCUACGAGGUUAAUCAAUUUUUUGGUGGGAGUAAAAGGGAAAAGCGAGACUAUGGCUAUAGGAGGCCCAUGGAGUAAGUCGUUAGAUGGUGAGAAUCCAGAAAAGGAUCCAUCUGUACUCAUAAAGACUGCCAUUCGGACAUGCAAGGCACUAACUGGAAUAGACCUGUCCCCAUGUACACAAUGGUACCGUUUUGUGGAGCUGUACUACCGGCGAGCCGAAGCCGUACAUCGGGGCCGAACGGUGCCGGCCAGAGUCGAGACGGUGGUGCUGUUUCUGCCGGAUGUAUGGAGCUGUCUGCCAACACGGCUGGAGUGGGACGCCCUCACCCGCGGCUACCAAGCGCAGCUGGAGAACCGCAUCGCCGCAGAGGGGGACGACGCGCCUGCCGUUGCCACUUCCGCUGACCACGAAAAGGAAGAAGAUGCAACUUGCGCUGAGAAACUGGAGCCCACGCCUUACACAGAGUUAGAUAUCAAGACGAUGACCGUCGCGGCUCUCCGCAAUGAGUUGAAGGCACGCAAUUUGAGUGCGAAAGGCCUUAAGUCUCAGUUGGUUGCAAGAUUGCAGAAGGCACUAAAAGCUGAAGCAGAAAAGAUUGAAGGAGGCAAGGAUGAACCGGCAGAAGCUGAGAGCGAAGGAACUGAAGAAAAAAAAUCGGAAGCAGAUGAGAAAAAGAUCGAUGAGAAAGAACGGCACCAGCUUGAAAAGCGUUACGCCUUACCAGAUCAGCCUCGUAUAGUUGUACAUCCAAAUCGUCUGGCAAAAUCUGGAAAAUUUGAUUGUACUGUCAUGUCAUUGUCCCUUUUACUGGAUUAUCGUCCCGAAGACACUAAGGAGCACACAUUUGAAGUGUCCCUUUUUGCAGAAUUGUUCAACGAAAUGCUUAUGAGAGAUUUUGGGUUCAACAUAUAUCGUGUCCUGUGGGAAUUGCCUGAGAAGCUUAAAGAAAAGGAGAAAGAAAAGGACGAGAAGAAGAAGAAAAAGGAUGAAGAAAAAAAGAAAGACGACAAAGACGAUAAAGAAAAAAAAGAAGAGGAAAAGAAAAAAGAUAAAGAUGACAAAAAGAAGGAAGACAAAGAUAAACAUCGUGAGAAUAAAGAAGGAGUUGAUAAAGAUCGAAAAAGUGAAGAAUCUAAAGACGAUAAAAAAGAUGAGAAAAAAAAGGAAGCAAAAAAGGACGACAAACGUUCUGAGAAGGACGACGACAGCGAUGACGAUGACGAUUAUGACAGACGAUCGGAUCGCGAUAAAAGGCGUAAAGAACGUUUGAAGAUGUUCACAAAAGAUCGAAAUUUGCUUUUAUCUUUUACGUACUUCGACCAGACCCACUGUGGGUAUAUUUUCGAAAAGGAUAUGGAAGAUCUGCUAUUUACCUUGGGUCUGAAUUUGUCGCGAGCUCAAGUGCGCAAACUUGUUGGCAAAGUCGUGUCUAGGGAUUCGUUGCACUACAGAAAGUUAACUGAUAAACCUAAAGAAGACGAUUUUAUAGUAAUUGAUGAUUCAGAAAAAGAAUGUUACGCCCACGAACUUGCUAGAGGUAACAAGAAGUUUCUUCCUGUAUUCCAGACUGAUGAAGUUUCUGCAAAAAAGCAGAAACUUGAAGGACCAUCGAGUGAGAAUACUUUCGAAGAAGGUUUAAUAAUGUUUAGGGGUGCAAUGGUUGAUGUCAGCAAGCUAAUGGCCCAACUGGAGAGGAGCGAGAAAGCAAGAGUGGCCACUGAAUCUUACAUGGUUGAUCUAAAAACGGAAAACAAUAGACUUAACGAAAAGAAUGGCAAACAAAGUAGUACCAUCAAAAGCCUUAAUUCUGAAAUGAAAGAAUACAAGGAGAAAUUGAAACACACAGAAGAUGUCCUAUCUAAAGUAUCAGUUUGUUCUAAACUGUUUCAAGCAACAUUGUUGGAUAUCAGAGACAAAAUUGACCCAGUUUUGAAAAGCGCGUCUCAUAUAAAAGAUGAAAUUAAACGAGAACGAGAUGGUGAUAGGGAGCGUAAACAUGAAGAGUCAAAGUCAAGGUGGGAAAGAAAUCCAAAAGAAAAAGGGAAAGAUGUUAAAGAAAAGGAAGCAGUUGUUAAAGAAGAUAAAGAUAAAGAAAAGGAGAAGGACAAAGGAGAUGAGAAAGACAAAGAAAAAGAAAAGGAUAAAGAUAAAGAAAGAGAAUUAGAAAAAGAAAAAGCGAAAGAUGUCGAGAAAAAUGGUAAAGAAGUCGUUAAAAAAGAAAAUGAAGAGAUAGUGGUACCAGUAGAAACAGAAGUCGCUGAAGAAAAAGCCAAAGAAGUGGAAACAACAUAAUAAUCAUUUUUAUCUGUUUUUAAGAUAAAGAAAAUUCAUUUUUAUUAUGUUCAUUAGAAUUGAUUAUUUGCGGCAUCCUGAGCAUUCAGGCACCUACUGUCCACCAUAAUUUUGUGGUGUUUAUUAACAAUUAUUUUGUGUUGAAGAUUCUUUAUGGCACGAAAAUAAUGACAGGUGUUUAUGUAUCAUUUAAGGAUUUAAAAUAAAUAUUUCAAUUGAUCUUUUUUU